AUGUCCAAUGGAGACUGGGUCUCCUUCUCCCUUCGCCAUGGUUUGGUGGAUCUAUGUGAUGGUCUUCCUACUUCUAUCAAAUAUUGGAAGGAAGAGUUCUUGUACAUUCAUUCCUCUGCCUUUUUUGGUUCCAUGGCGUAUGGUGCAAUUGCUGACAGGGUUUCCGACCCCACCCAUGAACUCUCACUUGACGAAAUAUUAAUAACGGAGAGGUUAGCGAGCAACUUUGUUCGAUGGGCAGAUCCUGAUGAAGCAGUGUUGGGUAUGGCGGGUAUGAGUCCCCGUUGGAAUCAUUUGGGUAAAAAACAUAUGGAAAUUUUUGAGGGAAAAACUAUAACCCUUCUCGAUCGUCUUCAUCGGAAGUGUAAUGUGAACCCUACCCUAGUUACAGAGGAGGUGAUGAUCCCGGACUCCCCAACUCGUUCAGAAUCCAACAAGGAUUCCGCUCUAGAGGUUUCUCAAUCGGAGAGCUCUAAAUAUGUUCCUCCUAACCUUCGCUCCAAAGGUGUGAAAUUGGAUUCCGAUCGUGGUAGUGAAGGGUUUUGA